AUGGCACUUAUGCAGAAAUCCAUUAAUGAGAAGGCUCUGAGAAAGGCUCCAGACCACGAGUGGCGCGAGCCCGGAGGUGGAGCCUCACACCGAGGUGAGAACGAGGCCAGGGGCGGGGCUGUGCUCCGAGGUGAGAGCGAGGCCACACCCCGAGGUGAGCGUUCUGGAGGCGGGGCCACACCCGCCGCGGUCGCCAGGCCGGGGGCGUGGCCGUGCCGGGGAGCCGCCCGAACCGUUAGGGAUGCGCCAGCCACCUCCCCAGGCGGCGCGCGCAGCCGCCCCCGGGAACGGCCGUCCGACCCCGGGGAGCAUUCUCAGGCCGAGGCCGCGCCUCCGGCCGAGGGGUCCGGACUGCAGCCGCCGCCCGCCCAGGAUCCCGAACUGCUGUCGGUGAUCCGGCAGAAGGAGAAGGAUCUGGUGUUGGCGGCCCGGCUGGGCAAGGCGCUGCUCGAGAGGAACCAGGACAUGAGCCGGCAGUACGAGCAGAUGCACAAGGAGCUGACAGACAAGCUGGAGCACUUAGAACAAGAGAAACACGAACUAAGAAGACGAUUUGAGAACCGAGAAGGGGAAUGGGAAGGGCGCGUGUCAGAGCUGGAGAGUGAUGUGAAACAACUUCAGGAUGAGUUGGAGAGGCAGCAGGUUCAUCUCCGGGAAGCAGAUCGAGAAAAAACACGGGCUGUCCAGGAGUUAUCAGAACAGAACCAGAGGUUAUUGGAUCAACUCAGCAGGGCCUCAGAGGUUGAGAGACAACUCUCCAUGCAAGUCCAUGCCCUCAGAGAAGACUUUCGGGAGAAAAACUCAUCGACCAACCAGCACAUCAUCAGGCUCGAAAGCCUGCAGGCUGAGCAGGUUCUCGAAAUCAAAAUGCUGUCGGAUCGGAAACGGGAGCUAGAGCACCGUCUCAGUGCCACCUUAGAGGAGAACGACCUGCUGCAGGGGACUGUGGAGGAGCUACAGGACCGCGUGCUGAUCCUAGAGAGGCAAGGCCAUGACAAAGACCUCCAGCUGCACCAAAGCCAGCUGGAGCUCCAGGAGGUGCGGCUCUCCUACCGGCAGCUGCAGGUGAAGGUGGAGGAGCUCACCGAGGAGAGGAGUCUGCAGAGCGCCGCCGCCACCAGCGCGUCCCUCCUGUCCGAGAUCGAGCAGAGCAUGGAGGCCGAGGAGCUGGAGCAAGAGCGGGAGCAGCUGAGACUUCAGCUCUGGGAAGCCUACUGCCAGGUCCGCUAUCUCUGCUCCCACCUCCGGGGGAGUGACAGCGCUGACUCAGCCGUCUCCACGGACUCCUCGAUGGACGAGUCUUCAGAAACCUCGUCUGCCAAGGACGUGCCAGCCGGCAGCCUGCGCACAGCCCUCAGCGAGCUCAAGAGACUGAUACAGAGUAUUGUGGAUGGCAUGGAGCCCACGAGCUCCCGGAGAAUUGAUGAUGACUCCUUAGAAGAACAGAUAAGGCAGACCAGUGAGGACUCGAGAGCCCUAAGGGAACUCAUGGAGGGAGAGAGGGGUAAACUGAGGCAAAGCCUAGAGGAGCUGCAGCAACUCCACAGUCAGGUGACACUGCUGAGUGUGGAGAUGACUGCGCUGAAGGAGGAGAGAGACCGACUCAGAGUGACAUCUGAGGACAAGGAACCAAAGGAGCAGCUUCAGAAGGCCAUCAGGGACCGGGAUGAGGCUAUUGCAAAGAAGAAUGCUGUGGAGCUGGAACUCGCCAAGUGCAAGAUGGACAUGAUGUCUCUGAACAGCCAGUUGCUGGAUGCCAUUCAGCAGAAACUGAACCUCUCACAGCAGCUUGAGGCGUGGCAGGAUGACAUGCACAGGGUCAUUGACCGGCAGCUGAUGGACACGCACCUGAAGGAACGGAGCCGGCCUGCCGCCGCCCUCUCCGGGGCCCGGGGCGCAGGGCGCGGGGACGAGCCCAGCACCGCCGAAGGCAAGCGGCUCUUCUCAUUCUUCAGGAAGAUUUAGGUUGGGAGGAGUCAGGCCAGCGAGGACGGGUUACUUGGACUAGAGGUGACUGAAAUGGGGUGCUUGUACGUGAGGGCUGCCUGGGCCAGCUCAGCAAGCCCUGUCCCCACUGCC